UGGAUUAAAAGGGUUCGAUGGGAAGAUAGAGCCACUAAAGACCGAUUCAUACCUUGCUUGUGAGUUAGAAAACUCUCCAUUAUUGCUGAUUCUACUACAGAGCGACGACUUGGAAGUGAGAAACUACAACAAAAUUGCAAGUUGUGGUAUAAAUAUUAGUAAUUAAUCCUUGUCAUUAUUGGGAUCUUACUAUAUUGAAAUUCAAGUUGUGAGGGUGUUCAACUACAUAGACGACUUGGACUCCUUCACAAAAAUUACCAACAAACUCCAAGAUCUUAACAUCCGAGUUCUUCUUAAUCGUUGAAUCUCUCUUUUGUCUGUCAAGUACACGAUGGAUGGUGGUAUCUCAAAAGCAACCGAAUUCCUGGUGGACAAAAUCUGUAGCUGCUUUUGUCUCGAAGUCAACCAUAUUUGUAGUCUCGACAAGAAUCUGGAGGCUCUGGAAAAUAACUUGGGAAUACUCAAGGCAAGGCGAGAUGAUGUGUCGGGAGAGGUGGAGAGGGUCGAGGACACAGGACUACUACAAAGGCUUAAAGGAGUUCAGGUAUGGCUUAAGGCUGUCGAGACCAUUGAGAAACAGGCCCUUGAAAUUAAAACGCAAAUGGCUUGUACUAGUGAACUUCAAGGGUUGUCUCUUUUUUGUGUCGUUCGCUCAAAGAAAUUAGUAUCAAGGUUCCGUUACGGGAAAGAGGUUUUCUCGAUGUUGGGAGAUGUUGAAGAGCUCCAGAAACGAGAUUUAACUAAAGAUUUCAAUGCGGUGGCUGUGCCACCUAUGAGAGAUGUUGGGGAGCAAAGGGAUCUUCAACAAAUCAUUGUUGGUCAGGAAACAAUACUCGAAAGUGCAUGGAACCAUCUCAUGGAUGAGGGAACCCAGAUUAUGGGUAUAUAUGGCAUGGGCGGAGUAGGAAAAACAACUCUUCUCGACCAAAUCAACAAUAAGUUUUGUGGCGCAAAUGGGUUUGACAAAGUGAUUUGGGUUGUGGUUUCUAAGGAUAAACGGAACGAGAAGAUUCAAGAUGAGAUUGCUGAGAAACUAGGCAUGUCUAUAGGGGAGACGUGGAACAGAAAAACGGAAGAACAAAAAGCCUCUAAAAUAAAAGAAAUCAUGAAGAAGAAGCGUUUUGUGUUGCUAUUGGAUGACAUUUGGAGCAAAGUGGAACUAAAAGAUCAUGUCGGAGUUCCAUUACCGACCAGGGAAAACAAAUGCAAGAUUGUGUUCACCACUCGUUUAAGGGAAGUGUGUGUACGCAUGGGGGUUUUGGACCCGAUCGAAGUCGGUUGUCUGGACGCCGACAAAGCCUGGGAUUUGUUCAAAGAGAGAGUCGGGGAAAACACACUGAGAAGUCACCGUGACAUUCCCGAACUCGCAAGAAAAGUCGCAGGAAAAUGCCAUGGCCUACCACUAGCGCUGAAUGUAAUUGGUGAGACCAUGUCAUUCCAGAACACAAUACAAGAAUGGCGUCAUGCAAUCAAAACUUUGACUUCAUCUGCUGCACAAUUUUCUGGAAUGGAUGACAUGAUUCUUCCAAUCUUGAAAUAUAGCUACGACAGCCUCAAGAAAGAGCAUGAGAAGAAGUGUUUCCUAUAUUGCUCUCUGUUUCCAGAAGAUUUUAAUAUCAGAAAAGAUACGUUGAUUGAGUAUUGGAUCUGUGAGGGUUUCAUACAAGAAAAACAGGGUAGAGAAAAUGCAUUCGACGAAGGUCAUGCCAUCCUCAGUACUCUUGUCCGUGCCUGUUUACUGGUGGAAGAAGAAUCAACCUAUAAAGUGAGAAUGCAUGAUGUUAUGCGUGAGCUGGCUCUUUGGAUAGAAUCUGAUCUUGGGAAGCAUAAAGGGAGACUUGUUGUGAAAGCCGGAGUUGGUUUACGUGAGAUACCGGAAGUCGAGAAUUGGAGAUCUCUGAGAAGGCUGUCACUGAUGAACAAUGAGAUUGCACAUGUCUCCGAAAGUCCGGACUGUCCUGAACUUACCACUCUGCUUCUACAAGAAAACAAGCUGGCAAGCAUCUCAAGCGAAUUCUUUAAGCGUAUGCCUAGGCUACUCGUUUUGGAUCUAUCGGAAAAUAGCUGGUUCAAUGGAUUGCCGGAGAAAAUAUCAGAGUUGGUCGCUUUGAGGUAUCUUAACUUGUCAGGCUCACAAAUAGAGCGACUGCCUAUUGGUUUACAGGAGUCGUCGAAAAUGCUGAUAUAUCUGAAUUUGGAAUCCACGAGGAGACUUGGUAGUAUAUCGGGGAUAUCAAAAUUUUCGAGGUUGAGGAGAUUGGGACUAUGGAACUCCACCGUGUUGAUAGAUGUGAGCUUAUUGAAAGAGUUGCAGCUCUUGAAGGAUCUAGAAGUUGUUACCAUAGAUAUAAGGUCAAGUUUGGUUGCAAAGCAAUUGUCGUCUUUUGACAGGGUGGUGAAAUGUAUUCAGAUGUUAGAUAUCAAAGACCUUGAGAAAGAAUCAGUCGAAAUAUUGACUUUGCCGACUAUGGAUAAGCUUCGUUACCUCGACAUAGAAAAAUGUGGAAUGACGGAGAUAAAGACAGUGGGAGCAACUUCAUCAUGGAACAAAAGUCCCACGACUCCAUCCUUCCUCAAACUUUCUACCGUGUCUAUAAGUAAAUGCAACGGUCUGAAGGAUUUGACGUGGCUGUUGUUCGCUCCAAACCUUACUAUUCUUAACGUUGGUCACUCAGUGCAACUAGAGUAUAUAAUAAGCGAAGAGAAAGCUGUCACAGAGAAGGAGGCAGGUACCAACAUUCCUUUUGGAAACUUGGAACACUUCAGCUUCUAUAAUGUACCGAUGUUGAAGAGCAUUUAUUGGAGUUGUCUCCCAUUUCCAUGUUUGAGAGGAAUUAGGGUAGCAGGGUGUUCAAACCUGAAAAAGCUUCCAUUGGGUUCUAAUAGUGUUGCCAAGGUUGAAGGAUUUACUAUCCAAUGCAUAGAGAGACAUUGGAUCAACGGUAUUGAAUGGGAGGACGAAGCCACGAAACUCCGUUUCCAAUCUUCCUUCAUCUAAAGCCCAUACAGUUUUCUCAAUCUAUGUCUCUACUGUCACAUUCUUCUGCUUCUCGCUUUGCAUCUUCUUUCGAAAAUUGGUGUGAUUACUCGAAUUUUAUUAAAACGUAUUUAUGUAUUAUAAUGUUGUUUAUUGUUA